AUGGAAAAAGAUAAAUUCUUAGAGAUAUUUAAUAAUUCUGUUUUAUAUAAAUUAAUAUUCAAACAUAUUAAGAGUAUACAUAAUGUUGUUACUCAAAAUGUAGAUAGUGCGAGAUACAGUUGGUCAGAGGUAAUAGAGAAACCAACAGUAUUGGCUCCAAUCAAAAGUGGAAACAUCGAGAUGCUCAAAUAUUUGGUGGAGUUGGCCAAACCAAUAGCUUCAUCACCUCUCCAUAUUAAAUUCAACAGAAUCUUAAAAUAUGCAGCGAAGUAUGGAAGUUUGGAAAUGGUCGAAUACAUAUGA